ACGAAGGUCUGCGUUGCGUGUAAAGGGGUUUUUCAGCAGAUUGAUCUGUUCAAGCUCAAGGUCGACAAGGGAAUUUGUCUUCGCCAUGAGCGCCCGGGGUACGGACCGGUCAGCCGGCCUGCAACAGCCUGGUACGGUUGUCAAGGAGACGUUCACCGCCGAGGAUGGGCGGACACCGGCGGGCCACACGCAGUGUUGUCUGGCUCGCCGAUCGCAGGAGACCAGAGAGGAACUGGCAAAAAUUAAGAAGAGGGUCGAUCACACUGUGCAGAACUUUGAACUUCACAACAAUCACCAGGCUCUGGAGACACUCCAGCAGGGCAGCAUGGAGUUUGUGGAGGACAUGGCCCAAUUGGAAGCCCUUGUGGGGAAUCCAGUGAUGAAGAAGAAAUACCAGCAGCAGCUGACAGUCUUUAUUGUAGGCUACCAAGAGGCGUGUUUACAGAGGACUUUUAUCCUCUCCCAGCUCAAUGAGUUUUUCAUACAGAAUGCUAAAGCUGGAGAAGAAGAGAGCUUGUCUCCCUCUACUGAGCCAGAACCACAGCUGGAUUUGGAUGAUGUUGCCUUCAAGGUGACAGAAGCCCUGACCUGUGCAGAAAAUGCAACUCUAAGACUGGCCCAGAUCAACAAAGAGAUCAUCAGUAUUGUGAAUGGCAAGAUCUCAUCCAGCAUGCACAAGAGGCCUUACAGGGAGCUGGAGACAGCAGUGGACAAGGCCAGAGUGGACAUCCUCAAGCUCACGGACAGGCUCGUAAAGGCUCAGACAGAGCUGAAGAAGAAGGAGCAGAGAGUGAAGGAGCUGCAGAGGCAGAAUGAGGGAAAGUCACAGGAGUGUCAGUCUUAUAAGUCCCAGCUGGACACCACCAAGAGCAGUCUGGCCAGCCUGCGACAGCAGCUGGGAGAGGAGAACACGCGUCUGCAGGCGGACGUGAGGAGACACGCCGAUCGCAUCGCAGAGCUAGAGGGCGCGUUGAGGGAGAGAAGCCAGACACCAGCCGCCAAGACUACUACGGAGGAACUGAAUGAGAGGGUGAAUCUGCAGCAGAGCAGCCCGCAGGAACUACAGAGAGAGCUGCUGGCAAGGGAAGGGCAGGCUGUGCAGGCAGCUGAGCAGGCACAUGAAGAGGAGCUUCGCCAGCUCAGACACUGGCACAGAGAGAACCGGCUGCGUCUGCCGGAGGACGACUGGGCUGCUCCAGGUGAGCUGGAUCACGGCGCUGACAUCACCAGCCCAGAGAGCCUGCAGCCUGGGCACGGUUCUGGACCUGAUGAGGGGCAGGAGGAGAGGAGAACAGGCUUUAUCACCAACGCUGAGAAAGAGAUCUGCUCCUCAGCCCUGGAGCAGGAUGGAACUGAGUCCUCUGUCGGUCUCGGCACCGGAAGGAUCUCCGUCUCGGUCAGCUGGAGUCGGAGAGCUGGGAGCGAGAGGGCGCGGGCGGGGGCAGAGCAGACAGAACGAGCAGCACUGGCGCUGCCUAGAGGCCUGCGUACACAACAGCACAAAGAGGGGCAAAAUGAGCUGAAAACAACGAUUGGAAUGCCUGAGGCUGGUGUUGCACCUGAAGGGCCUGUGGAGGACGGUCGCCUGUCGCCGUGGGAACCUCUGGCCCUGGGCAGUGAGGCAGUGAGAGAAAGGGGCGACGGCCUGUCAGCAGCAGAAGUCCAGGCUGACAUUUGCAUGAUGGGGCACCGGGCUGACACAGACACUGAACAAGGGCAAAAAAUGGCCAAGGGCCAGAGGUUGCCAGGUGUGACCUCCAAGACCUCUUCUAUGGACUUGUGUUCUGCUGGGCCUGUGACGGAAGAACUUGCCAAAGCAGCUGUGUGGAAUUCCCCCACACAGCUGGAAAGGACAGUGACUUGCAGAUCGCUCAGCCACACUCAUUCAACAGCACAAACCUCUUGCCAAGUCCCAGGAAACUCUCCACUGGAGGUCAAAGGUCGAGCCAUCAGUAAAGACAUGUCCUGCUGUACCAUUGAGAAUGGAGACUCCAGAAGAAAAUGUGUCACACCUGUUACCCUGGAAAGUGAGAAGCAGAAGAAGCAUGGCUGGAGACAGAACAGGGCUCAGCCCCCUGAACACAGGGGGUCUCUGGGAUACUCUCUCGCUGGCCCCCUGGACAGCACCGAGGAGUGGGCAGGGGUCUGCCUCAUCGAACCCCUAAUGACAGGGGGACGAAGAGAAAGAGCUUUAAAAGACCGAGGAAGAAGGCUCAGCAGGCACAAACUCUGUCCCAGAGAAGAUCCCCUGUCAAACAUGCCCUCCUUCGCUGACAAACAGCCUGUUUUGGGCACCAAAGCAGUCAUUUCCCUAGGGGCAACUAAGGACAUGAUAUCCAUGGUGACCCCAAUGUGGCAAAUGUCAGAAGCAGACGUUCCGGAUUUUUCUUGCACAACUUUGCACUUCCCAUCUCCAGUCUCCAGGCUUGUGGAAAUGGACAUGAAUAAAUGUUUUGUGAGUCAGCAGCUUCCAUGCUUGAAGACUGGGAGGAGUUCAUCAAUGGAUCAGACUGCAGACAGGACCCGACUCAGAACUUUUGUUCCCAUUCACAGGAUUCUGCAUCCCACCACAGGAGAAGGAAAUGACAGGCCUAAAGAACCACUUCAGCUGCAGGCAUGUGACAUUAACUAGGAAUAAACAUGCAUUCAGAUUUGUGGCACAGCAUUCUGCCUGUUAUUCUUGGGUGUGAAGAAGUAGCUCUGACAGCUCAGUUCUCAUUUUAAGGAUGGAGCAGGUUAUUCAUGCUUUACAAAACUGGAACUGUACUACAUCGUUUUCUAAAUCAAUCUCUUUUUACAGUACAGCAUUUAAAUUAGUAACAUUUCCAUUAUAGACCAGCAACUAAAGGUUUUAAAGGUACAGGUAUAGAUUGCGACACUUUGGUGUCAAAAAUGUUCAAAAAUGUUAAAAAUUCAGAUUGAAAAGAUUAAGAAGUAUGUUUUGUAAUUUGUCGGCUGCUUUUUUAUUAUUUUGCACAUGCUGCAAAAAUGAUAAGUACAGGAAAUGUCUUUUUUCAGCCAAGAUAGAACUCACCACCGAAGCACUAAAGGUCUACCUACAAAACUUGUCUUGCAUUGUUAAAAACUAACAGGGUCUUUGAAGAUAUAGGAAUUAAUCAUUCAAUACACUCUGAAACUCUGCAGUAACUGGUUCUUUUCCAAAAAAUGCAAUGCUGCAGAGAUAAAUACAAUUUUGGCAUAAAACUAAAACAAAAGCACAUUUGUUUUGAGUGAGAUGUGUCCCAACACUGUCCAAAGGUUAAACAAACUCUCUCCGUACAGUCUUAAC